AUGCAGCGCAGACGUUCAGGGGAAGAAAAAAUCCAUAUUGCAACUUUAGACGUCCGAAACUACCGUCCCGACGAAGUCAGCCUUCGAGUCGAAGGAGAUAUUUUAGUUGUGAAAGCUAAGCAUUACGCUGACGGAAGCUUUGGUUUCGAGCGAAAUGAAUUACAACGCACCUAUCCGGUGCCGCAAGAUGCAGAUCCAGCAAGCAUAACCUCAAAGAUUUCUCAAGAUGGCUAUUUAACCAUCGAAGCGACGAAACGAGUGGUUAAAACAGCGGAUAACGAUUUCGUGCUUGGGGGAUUUGAAACGCGCGCGGGAGAAGUGGCGAGAAUUGACGACAAGAAAUUCAGCGUUUUGUUAGAUGUGGCAAAUUUCAAGCCUGAGGAAAUCAAAGUUAAAGUUGUGGGGAAUGAGUUAUCAGUCAGCGCGAAACACGAGUCUGAAAAAGAAGGCCAUUUCACCUCACGCCAGUUUAACCGACAUUUUGUACUCCCCAAAGACGUGGAUAUGAGCAGUGUGAUCUCUCGUCUCAACGAUGAAGGAAAACUACUGGUUGAAGCCGAAAGAAAAGCUCUGCCGCCACCACAAGAGAGGUUUAUAAGCAUCGAAAAAGACAAAAAGGCUUGA